GGUAUAUGCCGUGUUGUAUGGUGCACUAGAUGCUAGAGCGCGUAUCGUUCUGACAUCUCAACAUGAUUGCGACUGAAAGAUUUUGAGAAGGAUAUUCUUCGCAGGGAGGACAGACCGUGUUCAGAGCCAUGUCCAAUCACGACGGACUAUCUGAAAGUGGUGUGGAAGUGACGACACCCAUAGCAGAAGUGACGACAUCUACAUCAGACGUCUCUGACGCCGAAGGACACCAGCCAAACGAGUUUUGUAGUCCCACUGAAGGGGAGUCUGCGCCUUGUGGCCCUAAUCAAGAGGAGUCUACGCCUUGCGGUCCCAAUGAAGGGGAGUCUGAGCCUUCUAGCCCCAGUCAAGGGGUGUCUACGUCUUGUGGUCUCAACCAAGGGGAAUCUGCCCCAUGUCGUCCCAGUCAAGGAGAGUCUGUGCCUUCUAAUCCCAGUCAAGGAGAGUAUGUGCCUUGUGGUUCAAAUGAGGGGUGGGAGUCGGAGCUUUGUGGGCCCAGUCAAGGGGAGUCUAAAAUAAGUGGUCCCAAUCAAGGAGAGAACGAGCUUGGUUGUCAAAGCCAAGGAGAGCAUGAUGGUCCUCCUCGCUCUAAACAAGAGGACCUCGAGACUCGUGGGCCAAGUCAAGGAGAAACAGAGUCUAGCUGCGGCCAAGGGAAAGAGACUCUUAAUACUGGCGAGUCCGAACUAGCCACCAAAGGACAAAAUUCUGGUCUUGGCGUGACCGAGCCUACCACUGUUGCGCCCGGCGGCCAGAUCGGAACAGGCCAAUCGACUUCGCGGGUGAUCCUUCAGGCCUUCUCUUCAAGGACCAGCCUUGUCUGCGGUAUCCUGCAGAUAGUCCUCGGUCUAACGGUUGUGGGACUGACAAUCGGACUAAUUUCAUUCUGGGAGAAGGUGCAUUACGCACGAGAUGGAACUGGAAUCCUGGGCGGGGCACUUUUUAUCGCAGCUGGGAUUUCGGGAAUAAUAUCCGCUCGUACGAGGCAGAGCCACCACAUAAUAACUUGUAUGGUCCUAUCAAUACUUGCGGCAUUUUUUAGUGGAACUUUACCGGCUUUCAUUUUUGUUCACGCAGCUUUUUCUCACAGAAUAUGGCGUGGUUUUGCCGCCUUUUUAUGUGCUGUCACUGCAGUGUCGUUCCUGGAGUUGGUUGUGUCAGUUGUCCAAUCAGCGAUGUGCUGCCGUGUUACGUGCUGUGCGACUCCAUCCAGUGUAUGUAAAAGCGCGGGAAUAUCUUGCACGGCCGCGGAGUCCAAUUACACCGUGUAAAGCUAGCAUCCCCGCAAUGCGGAUCCGGCUUUUUUUACCGCUACGUCAUAUACAAAAGUCAUAGUGUGAAAUAUCGACCGGCGGAGUACAUGUAUAUUGGAAACCACUGGUUAUGCCAGGAUGCACAUUGUUGGUCAGUCCAACCUCAGGACGCGAUGUGACGUUUUUGGUUGUUUCGGCACAUUUCAGUGUUUCCUUACAAUCCUCAACAAGGGGAAACAGAGAAAAACCAAUCCCCGCCAUUGGUAACGGUUGAUUAGUGAUACUACCGUACUUGUGCUCCGGAGCAAAUGCUAGCUAUCCUCUCAUUGGGAGAUUGAGAGAAAAACGUGUCAAUCUGUCUUCGGCGUUCCUGCAGACAUUGAGGGGAACUACUCAGAAACGUUACAGUAGGACCAAUUGAGGACGACAAUGUAACAACAUAAACUGGCGAAUCUGAUUCAAACCUAUCCAGAUGGAUUCGGAUAGACUCACAGCGGAGGAAGUUAGGGAGUUUUCGCCAAGCCCCCGAUACGCUGACGCGAACGCCUCGUGAUCAGUAACAUGACUAUCUAGGGUCACACUAUAUUACAGUAUAGUGACCAGAGGUCAGCCAAGUAACUUUGCCCAGAUCUAUCUGAAAAACGCUAUAUACAUGUACAUGUUUACCAGUUAUGAUGAUGAAAAUGAUAAUAACAACAAGCCCUUCGGCGGCAUUAUGAUUCACUUGGGUGGAUAGUUAAAUAUUGCUCCGGUUGUGACCACGACAACACUGGUAUUGUGAUGGUGGAUUUGGAGGGUUGCGCAUUUCCAGGUUCAGGGAAAUAUCGGCCUUUGGCGCCCGGACUAAUGUACGUCAUGCUUGCUGAUUGUGCUCGAUCCUCACUGCCAAUAGACACCUUCCGUCUGUAUACAUGUGCAUAACUUACCGCAUUCAGAGAAUCCGCGCAAUAAAAUUCCAUUCUCGCCACAGGUGGUCAUUUUAAUACCUCUUUUUAUAAAGUAUGUACAUGAGCAUUGUACACAGCUGCACUCUGCUUCCAGGUUCGAUGGUCCAAAAGGUCCGUAUAAGUGCGAAAAAACUAAUUUGUGGACAAUAAUUUUCAUUUGUUAUUCAGCUAGACACAAGUAGAUCACUGACAAGUGAAUCAAUAAUGGACAAUUCAGUCUUUGUGACAACAGAUUUAUGAUUUCGUUUUUUUGACGAGUUAUUCAAGAAGUUGGGCAACUGUGAGUAACAAUCAUACUCUGGCGCAGUGAUAGAAGUGUGAUAAGGCGGUCCAACAGUCACUGCUUGAAUUGGCCGCCAUUGAAAUCACGCAUCCUUGUAACUAUCGGACUUCUCAUGCCUUUUUCUUGAAAACAUUCGAAAAAGGUUGUCUUUGUGCAUUUCAAGCCUCUUAUCCGAAUAAUUUCCUUCUAAAAUGAAAUGUUUUUGUGUUUUUAUAUGCACUAUUGUAUAGCGUGUGGAAAAUGGUGUGAUUCGGUUCGUUCGAGCAGACGACGAUUUGAAGCGAGGUGUGUUUCGGCCGAAUCGUUUUAAUGGGCUCAAAACAGGAAUAAUUAUCACCUUAGUAAUAUUAAACAGCGUUAUAUCCGAGAAGACUAGAUUUUUUUAGGAUAUCGUGACAUUUAUUGCAUAUUGUUCGAACAUUCUUGCUGUGUACAUUUGUUUGUUUAUCGUACAUGCAAUACACGUGCAAUGGAUGCCUAGA